GGAAGCUAGUAAAAUUUCUUCGUUAUAGUUUAUGGUGGGAUCAAGAAUUCAUUGUGUCCAUGUUAUCUCGGUGACAUGGAAUUUUCGGUCUGAGACGAUUUUUUGCUGCAUCAUAAACACGUGGCUUUGUCCUGCAAAUUUCAUCAGAUUCCCAAGCGAACUCAGCUGUUGAUGGAGAUGGCAUCCCUCAGGAAGGAACAAAAUCUUUCCUCUUCAUCAUCCUCUUGUUUUGUGUUGGUAUGUCUCCCUGAGCUCCACGUGUUUUGCCCUUUAAAGUCGGACAUUCUGAUUAUGAUCCAUUAUCUUCUUUUCAACACAGAAUAUGUUGCACGUCCGAGAACUCGAGAGGAGUUGUACUUCAUGAUCAGAGCUAAAAUGGAAAACCAAAAUGGUUGACAACGUUGGUUCGAGUAGAGAGGGAAGGGGAUAAAUAAAAUACUAACCAGGGCAAUUCUUAUUUAUGAUAGAUUACUUUGUUUGGGGGAGUAAUCAACUAUGCUGUGUGACUAAACUUUCUUGUUUUCAGCUCCUUGGACGGAUCAUUCUACAAGGUACAUUUCUUUAUACCUCCGGCUUGGUUCUUGGAUGAUUGGAUCAUUUUCUAUCUCCAUUUAUGUUUAUUAUUAGAACAUUCCUUACCAUACUUUGGUAUCAUCGCAAUGAUGUUUCCAAAAUCCAGCCACUAGCUAGAAAAAAGGGAUGCUAAUUGAUAUUAGAGCCAAGAUAUUGUGAUCAUUCUCAACCUCUAGGCUUGUAUUGUCCAUGCUUUUUCCCUGAAGAUUGUUUGAGCAUCAUGUCAGUUGCAUCUUUCCAAUCAUCAUCGUCCAUGAGGUCGAUGAGUGUUGCAACUGCACAUAAGAAUAUAACCCAGUGUGUAGCCGAUGCUCGGUCGGACGCUCAUGACGUUCAGGAAAAGGCUCUUAAAGACUUGGUUGUCAUUACCCAGGUUAGUCCCCUCUACAGGAACUUGCUUGCACAAGUAGAUGGAUCAAUUCCAAUUCUUAUAGCUCUCUCCAAAUCCUCUUCCUCCACCGUCCAAUCCCUUUCACUGUCUAUUCUCUUCAAUCUUUCUCUGAAUAAUGACAUGAAAAAGCUUCUUGCAUCAAUGGAAACCAUUUACCAUCUCAAUACGCUCAUAUCCUUGGGCUCGCCCGAGACCGUCAAGUUAGCGUCCUCAUUGAUUUGUAGUCUUGCAAUGCUAGACAAGAACAAGGCUAAGUUUGGGGUAGCUGGUACCAUACAGUUGUUGGUUAGAGCACUUACUGUCCCUAGUGUUCCUGCUGCUCAUCACCUUCUCUGUUCUCUAGCUGAACUAGGCCAGUUUCAUGGAAACUGCACGGUGGCUGUUCGAUCAGGAGCCAUCUCGGUUCUUGUCGACGUAGUGGAGAGUACCAGUGGAGAGGAUCUCGCUGGCACUGCUCUUGUUGUUCUCGGUCUCUUGGCUAGAUUCGAGGAGGGGUUGAGGGCUUUGAUAAAAAUCGAUCGGAUCGUUUAUUCAAUGGUCAAUGUGUUGAAAGGGAGGUGUAUGUUGAGUAAAGAAGGUGCAACCGAGAUCCUUUUGCAAUUGUUCGACGAGAGUGAAGGUUGUUUGAGAGACGCAUUGAGGUUCCCGGAGUUUUUAGGCGUCGUUGCAGAUCUAUCUGUGAGAGGAUCCACAAAAGCCAGAGAAAGAGCUACACUACUUAUGAAUAAGAUCAUGAAUAAUGACUUGGAGAUGUAUUCAAAUGCCGACUCAGUGUAUUCGCCAUGGUAUUGAAGUUAGUUAUGGUCUCUUGUGUUUGUUUAUUGCAAUGGAACUAUGUUUAUUUUCUAGUAAUAGAUUUGAUCUCUAUGCAUUUUAAUUACAAGUUUGAAAUGUAGUCUAGUAUGUGAGACGGUUUAUAUUUGAUUUUUUUUUUUUUGUAUGAUUUUCUAUUAACAUUCAUCUCGAAAAUUUUG